AGCUAAUGAACGGUAAUGAAGGCUGUGACGGAAUGGUCAAGCGGAAAGGAGCUGAAACCGAGGAGGAAUGGAGGAUAACGUUCGAAAACCGAGACGUGCUAGGGGUACUGUUACAUAUAGAAGUCGGAAUUACUUCGCAUUAGGUGUUCUUGCUGUCGGAGCAAUCUAUGGAAUAAUUUUCCAUUACACUGGUCCAGCGCAGAAACUCCGGCAGUCCAUACGAAAUGGGAAGUUCUCUCCUACAGAAGAAGAACUUGAGAGAAAAGCUUUGAUGUCAGUUAUACCUAAGCAGAGAGGAGAAACCAUUAAAAAGCUAAUGGAAGAAUCAAAGGGUUCAAAAUCUUAUUGAUAUAGAUUGUGUUGUUAAUAACUUUAGAGUUGUUAGUCCAUUAUUCAUAAAGAAUGAGUGAUUAAACUAAAGUAACUGUGCGCCAUGUUUGAACUAUGAUGCAGAAUGGAACAGAGUAAUGAUAAUGAUUUCCAGCUAAGCAAACCAAACUCACAGUCUUAUCCUAAAACAAGAAACAAGUUGUCAAGCAAACAUCGGGUAAAGCUUCAUUGCAAGAAGAAAUGUGAUUCUGCUCUGUAUAGUCCUGUAUCUUCUUAUUACAGAAGAAACACAUCAAGAUUUGUGGCAGAAUGUGUGGAAACUGUUCAUUGUGAGCAAGAUAGCGUAGAGCCAAAUAAUGAUGGCUCAAUAAAAAAUUGUAUGAUAUUUGAGCUGAAUAAACACAAUUCCAUUACCAUUGAACACUGCAGCAGUGGAGAACAGAAUGUGAACCAUAUAGUAUGUUGCAAUUCAGAGCCAACAUCUCAAAUGCAUAAGAAGCCGAGCAACAUAAAUAACACAAAUAAACCUUCAUUGCAGAGCAAAACCAUUGAAAUAAUCCAAGGUACUGAUGCUGAAAGGACUGCAGCUCCUACAAAUGACGAGCCUGUCAAGGAGUGUAGACGUGAAUCUGUAGAUGUAACGGAAUGUGGGAGUGGCCUCACAAAUAGUGCCAAUGAUAAUGAUUGCUCUGAUAAAAAUGUAUGUGUGUCAUUGGGACAGUUAAAUAAUUUUACAACAGACAGUGUAUCAGCUUGUGUACCUGAGGUUUAUACUUCUAUUGCUGGUGUCACAAGGAGAAAGUUUCAUUGUCCACUGUGUUGGAAAACUUCCGACAAGAAUGAAGCACAGGUAUUGCACAUAAAGGCGUGUGCAUUGCGGCACAGUGUAACAACACGGCAGCUUCUCGAUGCUGUUGAGUUGCAGGAGAGACAGGCAGCUGAGAGAGAAGCUUUGGGUCUUCCAGAUAUCCCAGCUGCUCAUACUGUAAAGAAACAAUCUUCAAAAAAGAGUGGGCAGAAUGGCAGUGACAGUAACCUACAGCUGGCACUGGCUUUGUCAGCAUCACUGCAAGAGGCAGAGGAACGUGAGCAGCUUCAAGAAGAAAACUGUUUACUGGAGGCUGGUCUUGGUCAUGAGGUUGUGGUACAACAGAAACAAAUAUUGGAGAGGUUUGGCUUCAGGAGUUCACGUUCAGCAAUCCAGGUUCCCUCCAGUUUAAGACACAAAUCUGCUAAGAAGAGCAAGAAUAGCAACCCAUUGCUGUUGAGCAGAACAAAAGAAGAGAGGGAAAGGCUUCUAACAGAAAAGGUUGCACUCGUACUUAUGGGAGAGGAGAACAGUACACCAUCUGUGGCAGUGAACAUUUUGCAUAACACACAGGACGUUAAUACAACCGAAAGCUUGCGGAAGUACCAGAAUAAGUCAUGCACAUUAUGGAAUAUGGGCUCAGUUUCAUGCCCAGAAAAUGAGUUUCAGUCGUACUAUGUGAAGGAGCUCACCAAGUUCAUAUCCCCUCACAGAGUACCAGUUGGUGCGAAGCUGAAGCAUCUGUCCCAAAUCCCAGGAUGGAUUAAAACUCCGGAAAGAAAAUCCCACAUUAUGGCUGCUGAGGAAGACACUAGUUCACCAGUUAGAAGAGUAACACUUUCACAGAUGGAAGCAAGUCCCAGCAGGGACACAGAAACAGCAAAACUGAGGGAGACAAAGACUAGACAGAGUUUUGUGGGCCCUAUGACAGAUAGGAGUAUUGAUAACAGUCUUGCAAGAACACUUAUCAAUAACUGGAAAUCAUUUUUAAAUAAGAAAGCCAUGAGUGACAUAAUAAUUUAUGUUGAAAAAGAAAUGGAGAUUCCAGCACAUAAAUUGGUGCUAUAUGUACGCUGUAAAGCUGUUUUGCAGGAUGUUGUUUCUGAGGUAUCUUCUAAAGCCAACAAGGAAACCUUAGACAUGUUGUUGUGGGUUGAUGUGUCUUACAAGGCAGCACUGGCAUUCCUUCAGUUUUUGUACUGUGGCCUUACCAGUAAGCUUCUACAUCUCCAUGAAGAAGAUUUGUUGAGUGUGAAGAAGCUGUCUGAAAGGUAUCGUGUCAGUGAACUUUUGCACUAUUUAAAAAGUGUAAAGAGUGGAAAAGGCCAAGUAAAUAAGAGCAAAGAUGCUUCUCUAAACUUGUCACCAUGUCACAAUGCAUCUUACUGUAAGAAACAGAGUGCCCUUCAUGCAUCUUGUUCAUCUGACACGAGUGCCAGCUCUCAAGCUGCAAGCUCGCCCAAAAAAGAAAUUCAUUCUAAGGAUACGUUUCAGUUCCUCAAUCUUGCUGCAGAAUUAACCAAGAAAAGUACAAAUUCAGGGACAAAGAAUGAAUUUCAUGAUUCUGCUGAAUCAAGGCCCUGUAGCAGUGGCAGUUUGUCUCCAGACCUGUUUAUUGAUGAUCUGGAGGAACCUCAUGUAAAACCAGUAUCACAAGAAGGUAGGAAUAGCAUGGACUGCCUUUUAAGUAUGCUUGGUAAACCAUCAUUAUCACAAAAUAACGCCCAGAACAGCUCUUUGCUGAUGUCAUCAGAUAAGCUGGCACAAAGUAAUGCCCAAAUCAGCUCUACACUGAUGUCAGAUAAACUGAAACAAAGUAAUUCCCAAAUCAACUCUGCACUGAUGUCAUCAGAUAAGCUGUCACAGUAUAACACCAAGACCAAGUUUACACCUAUGUCUUCAGAUAAACUGGCGCUAAGUGAUACCCAGAUCACCUCUGUAUUGAGCCCACUGGAUAAGCUGUCUCUAACCAUGAGAGGUGUUGGUACAUCUCUGACUCUUCAGAAGAAUGUUACAUGCAUUAAUGAUGAUGUAUGCAUACCUGAUGACUUACAGAUUAGUUCUUCAUCACAGUCACAUGACGAUAAAUGUGUGACCUCUGGUAAAGGUAUGGUACAUGUAGAAAAUGUUGAUGACAUUGAGAAUAAAUGUGAUCUCCUUCCAUCCAUAUUGGUGCCAGAUCACACAUGCAUGUCAGACAGUGUAGCCAGCUGUUCUCCAAGGAAGAUCAAAGGCCAAAGAAAUCUAUUAGAUGAAAAUUCUGAAAAUUCCCCAACAUUAUCAGAGUCACAAGUUUAUAGUGUGUGUGUUCCAUUACAGGACUCUUGGGAGAAAACUGUGAAAGUUGAUUCAGAUUUUGAUGGCAUUGAUUUUCUUGAACAUUUAUUAUCAGAUUCUGAUCCUGGAACCAGCAGUGUGUAUGUGCAGAGAGAAAUAAAGCAAAGAAUGGACACAAAAAGAAAGCAUCCAGAAAUUGAUGCUGUAAGUGAUCACUGUAGAUCUUCUGUCAAGAGGAUAUGCCAAAGCAGUACUAAGGAUGAAAUAAUUGAAACAUUCUCUGAUAAGACAGAAUGCAACGAGGAAUCUGACAAAUUGAUGAAAUCUGAAAAUGAAGUUAGAGCAACAUUGGAUAUGACCCAGAGUAGCUCUUCAGAAUCCGCUGAACCUCAAGAGUUGAUGUUAAGUUCCCCAGUUCAAAAAACUGUAGUGGACACAAACAUGGCAACCGAACACAGUUCCACACAUGCCAUGAAAGAAUGUCCAGAGUUCACAGUUUUUAGUGAUUUGUUCAAGAAGUCAAAGGAGAAUAGUACAAGUCAUGCUAAUGAUAACAGCAGAGAAACUACAGUUGAGGAUAAUGCAACAACAGUAAAACAAAAGGGAGAAAAUGCAGAGGAUGAUGGAUGCAUGAAAUCUGAUGAUAACAUGCAAAACCUUGAUGACUGGGACAAAUUUGAUGAAAUGUGUAAUGCUUCAGUGCCACACAUAUUUUCCCAGUGUCUGCCACAAUUGAUUUCAACUCAGACCACAUCCCAAAAGCCUCUGGAAUUGAGCAUCUCUUCAAAUAAGCAUACGAUUUUACGACACAGUAACAGGAGAAGCCUGUGCUUGUCAUCUUCUCAUCCAGAAUCUCAGAUUCAGGGAUCUGUAACAAAUCAUUCAUCGUCAUGUACUGGCUCUCCAGUUAGAAAAGGCAAAAACAUUUCAGAGAAUGUAAAAGAGCCACCAUCUCUGUCUCAUGGCAAGAGGAGUCAUAAAGUGAACGCUGUGCUUGAGAAUUCCUUUUUGGCCCCGUUAAGUGAAUCUGUAUUUUGGAGGGAUGAAAAUGCACGAACACCGGCAGAAUCUCUGUCAAACCAUAGUAAGACUGUAAACCACAGAACACCAGUCCAGAAUCAAACUGACGUUAUCUUCUCAGACAAAGUCACACCACCUGCGGACUAUACAGCGAUGAAGACACCACAGCUGAAGAAAGAACUUAGAAAGUAUGGUCUGAAGCCAUCAUUGACGAGGAGACAAGCUAAGAGGAUGCUGAGAUACAUAUAUGAUCAGUUGCACCCAUACAUCACAGUGAGUGAUUCAGAGGAUGAUCUGGAGCAAUCAGGAGCAGAAUCAUCACCUUUCAAGAAACCAGGCUCAGAUACCCAAGUUCCAAGGAGUCCAGUCAGAAAACCUAAUGUUUUAGGGACAUCAAGAAGUCCACUGAUGAGAUCAGAAGAUUGUUGUCACAGAGGAAAUCUAGUUAGACAAGAAAGAAGUACAGCAUUUCAAAGUGGUGCAGAUUCUGAUUCCGAUGACUUGCUGUCAUCACAGAGAAGCUCAUCAAGUAGUGCCAUGAGUGUUAGAGAAGAGGCAUUUUUUGAGGAGCUUGGUGUUUGCAGCCACGGAGACAUUCCUUUAUCACAGGAUGUUCAACCAACACCAAAUUUGGCAGCAGCAGUCCACAGUUUUAUCACAGAUGAUCCUAAUCUUCACCAGAAAGUGCUGCUAUAUGAACCAGUUUUGUUGGAACAGUUACAUGCCAACUUAAAAGCAAACAACUUGAAAUUGAAGAUGAAUGAACUCAUGGAUUAUCUGGAUGAACAGUGCAUUACCUUCCGCACUGCCCAAGGACAGCAGAGCAGGCAGAAGAAGAAGAUGCAAGAAACUAAAAGACGAAACCUUACCAAACGGAAAGGGAAUUCCCAUGAUAAGAAACCAACCAAAAGUUCUGCUUUAGAUAGUGAUAGCUGAUUGUGUGCUAAUGAUUUCUGUAGCAGAGUAAUUUAGAGACAUGAUACAGUACUUACGGAGGUUGUUAGGAAGAUUAAUUGGAGCUCAAAGUGUAAAUACCACCCCCCCAAUUUGCAUCUGUGUCAGGUUUAUGACAUGUUUACAGUGAUUUGUAUUAUUGUGAUUGUUUGGUGGUGGGGUGGGGUCAAUGCUGAGAGAUGUUGACAGUAGAUAGCUGAAGAAAAGCAAACAGACUUGGACAGUAGUGAUGAUAACAAGAACAGUGGCACCCAGAAAAAUGUUUAGUAUGGCUUUUGCAGUGGAUUUUUUUUCUGCACUGAGGGAAUAUCUGGAAUGGAAGUUGAAGUGCUGCAUCAUAAUCUGAGGGAAACAGACUCUCAUGCUGCAUGCGUGCGUUCAUCAUGGAAGAUGUGCAUCAACCAGCACUUGUCAGAUUCAGAAUGCCUUUGCGUGAGAAUCAAUUGUACCCUUGCAAUGUACAAUCAGUACAAGGGUUGCACCCCUCGGUUAGUAUGCUAUAUAUUACAGACUGUUAACGCGGUAUUUACAAGAAAUGCGUGCACUCCAUACAACUUGUAUUUAUGGGCAAUGGAGAAUCCUCUUGCUACUCAUCGCUCCUCAUUUAGUGUCAGUGUCUGGGCCAGAAUCAUAGAUUAUUAUAUAUUCAGACUAUAUGUGAUAUAGGAUUUUCUCAGUGGAGUGCAUUACUCUGAUUUUCUUGAAGAAACACUUCCACUUUUAUAGGAGAAUAUGCUUGUACAUGUGCACAAGAGCAUGUGGUUUUAGCAUAACAGUGCCACUCCACAUUUUGCAUAUUGAGUGCUGCACAGUUGGCUGGGCAACAACUUUCUGGAGAGAUGGAUUGGGUGUGGGUCGCAUGGCCUCCGUGUU